GCCGCAGGCUAGCCUGGAUUUGUGGGAGGGGCCAGUACCUGUCUUAAGCAGUCCGGCUCUCCCAGGCAGCACGUCUGCAUUCGGACGUCUGCUACUUCCGGGUGUGACGUCAUCAGCAAGCGUCCUGCACGAGUGGGUCCUCAGAGAAGCCGGGUGUACCUUUCCCUUCAGUCUGCAGCUGUUAAAGAUCGUUGUCCAGGAUAACUGUCGUCAUGUCUCAGCCUUCAGACAUUGAAGAGUUUGUGUCCUUGCCUCCGUCUCCAAGAGGGUCCGAACACGGCAGCACUCCAUCCCUCAGGGCUUGGACUGUGCCUAGGUUGACGGCUGAAUUGCUCAGGAGAGGGAUUCCGUUUGCGGCUACUGCCAGAAAGGCGGAAUUAUUCAGUCUGCUCUUUCCCGCUACACCACAAGCCAGGCCGGCUGCUUCCGGCGGCAAUACCACCAUCUCCAAUUCCUUGGUACAGAUCCACGCGGUGUUAAACACACUCACUAGUUCCAUCCAGGAUUUACAAGCCCGGAUGGAAGUAAUGGAACAGCGUCGCGACCCCCCCCCAGCAGUUGGGCCAGCUGGUGGCGCGGCACCUCCGGCUGUGGUCACAGGUACCGUGCCUACUCUUCGUUCAACAGCCAACCUGUCACAGGGCGGGGGAGUGCCUUCUGUGGCGCCGGUGUAUUUCGUCAGGCCCAGUAUUAAGAAGGACAUCCUAGAGGGCAAGGAUGUCAACUUGGCAUCCUUGUUAAUUACGUCCCACGACGUUACAGAAAAUAAGUCCUUCGGCUGCAGCGAGUUGUCAGUAGUACUCAAGGCCAAAGACCCCAGGCUCAGUCGCAAGCUGACCCUGGCUGAGUUCGUCCUGGCUUUCAGCCUGUUCAGAGACGUUGUGUGUUCCGCCAGCCCCAACAGGAGAGAGGAGUUGGACAUUUACCUCUACAGGGUGGUAGAUUUGGCGCACAAGUACGGGGGCACAGCAUUCUACGAUUAUCAUAGGUCCUUCUCGGCCAAAGCUGCAGCCAUUUGGGCCCAGUUCCAGGUAGUCACGGACUGGAGCAAUAUUGACAUGGAGUUAUUCUGUAGGCACUUCGCCAGUUUGAAGUCCCCGGUGUGCGCCACAUGUCAGUCUCCUGCUCAUACUACCGCCUGGUGCCCAUUGGCUGACCUCACAGCUGCCCCCAGUACCUCCAGAGGCGGGAUCAACCCGGGUCCCAGCCAGCAGGCUACCCAGUUUGACAAACUGGGGAGACCCAUUCAUUACUUGGGGAAAGCCCAGCUCUGCAACAACUUCAACUAUGCUGUCUGCAAUUUCAGCCAGUGCAGGCUCCUGCACAUCUGUGCCACAUGUUUUAGGGCACAUCCGGUCACAGUCUGCACCGUGAAGCCGGCAUGAC